AUGGCUGCUCUCCCUCACAAGCUGGACGUUCUCGUCAUCGGUGGAGGCAAUGCUGGCUUCAGCGCCGCCGUCUCCGCCGCUCAAUCCGGCGCCAGCAGCGUCCUGCUCAUCGACAGAGCGCCCGAGGAGUGGGCGGGCGGAAACACAUAUUUCACCGCCGGUGCAUACCGUACCGCGCACGGAGGGCUGCAGGACUUGCUCCCCCUCGUCAACAACGUCUCCCAGGAGCAGGCGGGCAAGAUCGAGCUUGCCCCCUACUCCGAGCAGGACUUCAUGGAUGAUCUAAACAAGGUCUGCAUGGGGCGGUCGGAUCCCGGGCUGGCUAAGAAGCUCAUCUCCGAGUCCAAUAAGACCGUCAAGUGGCUCCAUGGCAAUGGCAUCCGGUUCCAGCUGUCGUUCAAUCGCCAGGCUUAUGAAGUUGACGGGAAGAUCAAGUUCUGGGGCGGCCUUUCUCUCAAGACUCAGGACGGCGGGAAAGGUCUUAUUGCCGACCACCGAGCCGCGGCAGAGCGACACAAUGUCCAGGUGUCUUGGUCAACAUUGCUGAGCGACAUCAAGCGCAACGGCGACGGCUCAUUCACCGUCACUCUCCAAGUAGACGGCGUACCACAGGAAUUGUCCGUCGGGGCUAUCAUAUUUGCUGCCGGAGGCUUCGAGUCUAACGCUCAGAUGCGCAGCCAGUUCCUGGGACCCGGUUGGGACAUGGCCAUGGUUCGCGGCACGCCCUACAAUACCGGAGAUUGUCUGAACUAUGCCGUCGGCGAGCUCGAUGCAAAGGCCGUGGGAAAUUGGUCCGGAUGCCAUUCCGUUGCGUGGGAUGCAAAUGCUGACCCUGAUACUGGAGACCGGGUUGCAUCUAACGAGUACACCAAGUCUGGAUACCCGCUUGGUCUCAUGUUCAACAUCGACGGCCAGCGAUUUGUCGACGAGGGGAUCGACAUGAGGAACUAUACAUAUGCCAAGUUCGGCCGUGCUAUCUUACAGCAGCCCGAGCAUAUUGCCUUCCAAGUCUGGGAUGCUCAAACGAGCCCAUGGCUCCGGUCAGAGGAAUACCGCGAGGAGCGCGUAGAGCGCAUCACCGCAUCUACGCUGGAAGAACUCGCGAUCAAGUGCGGCUCCCGGGGCCUCCGAGACCAGGAAUCAUUCCUCAGAAACCUCAGAGAAUACAACGAGGCUGUGUAUACCCACCGUCGAGAGAAUCCAAAUAUGAAGUGGGAUCCCGCGGUCAAGGACGGUCUGUCCACCCAAUCGUCCAAGAAGCAGCUGGCGUUGGCAAAGUCGAACUGGGCCCUGCCUGUGGACCAGGGACCUUUCGUCGCCGUUAAGGUCACUUGUGGCAUCACCUUUACCUUUGGCGGGUUGAAGGUUGACCCUGAGACUGCAGGAUUGAUCAGUGCAUCAACCGGCAAGCCCAUGCCGGGUCUGUUCUGCGUGGGCGAGAUGAUGGGUGGGCUGUUUUAUUCCAACUACCCUGGUGGCAGCGGACUGACAUCCGGAGCUGUCUUCGGAAGGAAGGCUGGAAGGGCCGCAGCAGCUACCAGCAAGAAAACGUAG